UAUUACCCAAUGUUAUAAAAGUUGAUUUCCAAACCCAAAUAAUAUAUUAGAGUAUAUGUUGUGGGCUCCAAUCUAAUAGUAGAAUAACUCUAUUUUUCUUACAUUGUCAGAAUGCCCCUCCUUGGGACCAUACCACUUCUAUAUAUACCCACUUGAAACCCUAGUUUGGAACAAGCACUCAACACAGCUGCAGAGAGAGAGAGAGAGAAUGAUGACUUUUGGCCUAAAAGCAUCCUUGCUCCUACUAGCUAUUCUCUUAUUCACAGAUUGUUUGCAUGUUCAAGGCCAGAACUGUAAGCCAAGCGGCAAGAUUAGGGGGAAGAAACCUCCUCCUGGAGAAUGCAACGACGGCAAUGACUCUGAAUGCUGUAAAGAAGGCAAGUUUUACACAACAUACAAGUGCUCUCCACAAGUAUCUAGCCAUACCAAGGGAUUCCUCACUCUCAAUGGCUUUGAUAAGGACCAAGAUGGAGGUGCCCCAUCUGAAUGUGACAACCACUACCACUCUAAUGACAUUCCUAUUGUGGCACUGUCAACUGGUUGGUACAACAAAGGGAGCAGGUGCUUAAACAACAUCACCAUAACUGCUAAUGGGAGGAGCGUGGUGGCCAUGGUGGUUGAUGAGUGUGACUCUACUAUGGGGUGUGAUACAGACCAUGAUUAUCAGCCCCCAUGUGAUAACAACAUUGUUGAUGCCUCGAGAGCUGUGUGGAAAGCCUUGGGUGUGCCUGAUGACAAAUGGGGAGGGAUGGAUAUAACUUGGUCUGACGUUUGUCACCCAAGUGGCAAGAUUAGGGGUAAGAAACCCCCUCCUGGAGAAUGCAACCAAGGCAAUGACUCUGAUUGCUGUAAAGAAGGAAAGCUUUACACAACAUACAAGUGUUCUCCAACGUUAUCUAGUCAUACCAAGGCAUAUCUUACUCUUAAUGGCUUUGAGAAAGAUGAAGAUGGUGGUGCUCCGUCUGAAUGUGACAAUCAGUACCACUCUGAUGACACACCGGUUGUGGCACUGUCAACUGGAUGGUAUAACAAAGGGAGCAGGUGCUUAAACAACAUCACUAUUACUGCUAAUGGGAGGAGUGUGGUGGCUAUGGUAGUCGAUGAGUGUGACUCAACCAUGGGAUGUGAUAGCGACCAUGAUUAUCAGCCUCCAUGUGCCAACAACAUUGUUGAUGCCUCAAGAGCUGUGUGGAAAGCCUUGGGGGUGCCUCGUGACCAAUGGGGAGGGCUUGAUAUCACUUGGACCAACGCUUAAUUUCGUGCAGUCAUCUGUGUUUAAGAGUAUUGUUGUUCUAUUUCUUAGUAUGUAUCUUAUGUAAGGUUGAAUGUAGUCUUCAUACUCCCUCCAUCGUGUCAGAUAAUAGUAAAAAUCUAUUGAAUUUAUCUA